AUGUCCGAGGAGCUGGAGGUGGGCUUCAAUGUCUCCAGCCGGACUUCAGCCUUCCUGGGCAACGACUGCGCGGCGGCGGGCGAAGAGCAGCACUUUCAGCACCACGGACAGUUCUCAGCGCCCGUCUCGGUCUUGCUGGCGGCGCUGAUGGGGCUGGUGGUGCUGUCCACGGUGCUGGGCAACGCCUUGGUCAUCUUGGCCUUCGUGGUGGACAAAAGUCUGCGGACGCAAGGCAACUUCUUCUUCCUCAACUUGGCCCUCGCGGAUCUGCUUGUGGGUGGAUUUUGCAUUCCCCUCUACAUCCCUUACAUCCUGACGGGGGAAUGGAAGUUUGGGAAAGGCUUGUGCAAGCUCUGGCUGGUGGUGGAUUACCUGGUGUGCACGGCUUCGGUCUUCAACAUUGUCUUGAUCAGCUUCGACAGGUUCAUCUCGGUCACGAAAGCGGUCAGUUACCGAGCUCAGAAGGGGAUGACCAGGAACACCGUGGUAAAAAUGGUGAUGGUGUGGGUGGCAGCGUUCCUCCUCUAUGGCCCUGCCAUCAUCAGCUGGGAGUACAUUGCCCAACGCAGCAUCCUUCCUGAAAAAGAGUGCUACGCAGAGUUCUUCUACAACUGGUACUUCCUCAUGAUCGCCUCCACCAUUGAGUUCUUCACCCCCUUCAUCAGUGUCACCUACUUCAACUUGAGCAUCUACUUCAACAUCAGGAAGCGGACGCCCAUCCGAGUGGGGAGCCUCCCACCAGGCCGAAAGGACGGCGAACUGCGCUUUCAAGGGAAAAAACGAGAACACACCGUCUUUUUCGUGAAACCAAACAGGAAAAGAAGCCAGAGGAGGGCCAACAGUCUCUCACCGGCCAGGCCAGCAGUCUCCGGGCUUGAUGAGCACAAUUUGGAAAGGCCAUCUGUAGACUUUAACAUCACUCAAGACCUCCCACCUUUACAAGUCGACAUCCAGACAAAGUCACCAUGGGACAGUUUCUACAAAGCUCUCGAGAGCAUUUCCAGCGCCACCAAGAAGACGGAUGUUGCUAACACCAUGGCUAGUCGGUUCCGACUUUCCCGGGAUAAAAGGGUAGCCAAAUCCUUAGCCAUCAUUGUCUGCGUUUUUGGCUUGUGUUGGGCACCCUACACACUCCUGAUGAUUAUCCGAGCGGCUUGCCAUGGCCGAUGCAUCCACCACUCUCUCUACGAGGCGUCGUUUUGGCUCCUGUGGCUGAAUUCCGCCAUUAACCCCGUCUUGUACCCGUUGUGCCACAUGAGCUUCAGAAAGGCUUUUUUUAAACUGUUGUGCCCUGGGAAGGCUAAAAUUCACCCAAAUAUGUUUACGUGA